AUGCUUCAGAAAGGCCCCCAAAUCAUCUUCGGCACAGCAUCAAUCGGCUACGGCUCUCUUGCCGAGGAGGAUGCUGUUCGAAAGUUCCUCCAAGUAGCUGCAGACAAUGGCAUCAAGCAUCUUGAUACAGCUGCAAGCUAUCCCACUGAAGAAGCCACCGGCAUUACUGAGGUUCUUCUCGGAAAAGCAAAGUCCGGCGAGUGGGCGAUAGACACUAGAAUUGCUAUCAGUCGUGAUCUCCGAGGAGCAUUGGCUCCGGAAGCUGUUGAGAAGAGCCUCAACACUAGCCUGGAGAAACUCCAUCAAGACUCGGUCAACAUUCUUUCGGCGCAUAUGCCAGACCCUGUUACACCUCUUGAGGAUCAGGCUCGCGCUUUUGACGACCAGUUCAAAAAGGGCAAGUUUAAACAGUUAGGGCUAUGCAACUGGCCUCUCAGCAUGAUAGAGAAAUACAUCGAGAUCUGUGAUGCUAAAGGCUAUGUCAAGCCAACUGUUGCACAGUACAUGUACAACUAUAUUUGGCGAGGAACAGGCACCAAAAUACUAACAUUCCUCCGCCAGCAUGACAUGGUUCUUCAUGCCUAUAGCCCACUUGCAGGAGGCUUCCUGACCGGGAAGCCAACAGAUGGCGAUACAGCCGGUACACGAUACGGCGAGCCAACUCAUCCUCUGACCAUCUACAAGUUUAUAUACGACAAGGAGCCUUUUCAUAACGCAGUCAAGGAUCUUUCUGGUCUCGUAGUCAGCGGAGCCGUUGAAGGCCCUGCUGACGUGGCUAUUCGGUUGUUGUUCUACCAUUCGAAGCUUCGGCCACAAGAUGCCAUUAUUCUUGGAGGUUCGACUGUUGAACACUUUGAAAAGAACAUGGCCAUCAUAAAGAAGGGGCCUCUCCCGGAGGAUGUGCUCGAGGCACUGAAAGGGUUGGAAGUCAGUGAGGCUGGAAUGGGCGAUGGCAACGUCUUUGGGUCAGUGUUUGAAGCAUAG